UUGAGUUCUUAAUACAUUGUCUUAAACCAACCCAACAUAACAUGUCUUAUUGUUGUUAUUGUUCUUGUUUCUUUAAUUUUUCAUCACUUACCUUAUAACCUUAACCUUGUUUUUCUUCCUUUUAUUUUCAUUUUUCAACAAGGUUCUCUCAUUUCUUGCAUGCUACCAUUAUUCUUAUUGUUAUAACAUCAAAAAUAUAUGUUAACUGUCCAUCAUUCUCUAAGACUUUGAUUUGACCCUUCAAAAUUUCUGAUUCAAUUAACUUGUUGUGAUGGGUCCUGUGAGAGGAAUCAAAAAGAGAAGAAAGACAGAGAAGAGUUAUGACAAUAAUAAUGAUUCUGCUUCUGGGUCAUCUGAGAAAGAGGGUGUUGUAGAUUGGUGGGAUGAAUUCUCAAAGAAGAUAAAUGGUCUUCAGAAGUCACCACCAAUGAUAUCGAGAAAGACGUUUGAGUACAUAUGUUCACUUGUCAAGGACGAUAUGACAACAAAAUCCGCGCAUUUGACAUUUACAAACGGAAAGCCAAUGUCUUUAUUUGAUCAAGUAGCCGUGGCACUGAGGAGAUUAGGAUCUGGCGACUCGCUUGUCACAGUUGGCGAUUCAUUUGGGCUAACCUACUCAACUGUUUCACAAGUAACAUGGCGAUUUGUGGAAUCCAUGGAGGACAGAGGGCUUCAUCACCUUCAAUGGCCUUCAACGCAAGAGGAAAUGAAUGCAAUCAAGUCAAAAUUUGAGAAAAUACAAGGAUUCCCGAAUUGCUGUGGCGCUGUUGAUGCUACUCACAUCACAAUGUGUUUACCUGCAACUGAUCAUUCAAGUGAUGUGUGGCUUGAUCAUAGAAACAACCACAGCAUGGUUUUGCAAGCAAUAGUUGAUCCUGACAUGAAGUUCCGUGACAUAGUCACCGGUUGGCCUGGUAAAUUGGAGGACUGGUCAAUAUUCGAGAGUUCAAAUUUCAACAAACUUUGUGAUAAAGGAGAAAGAUUAAAUGGAAACAAAUUAAAAUUAUCUGAAGGAUCAGAAAUAAGGGAAUAUAUAAUUGGUGAUUCAGGUUAUCCUCUAUUGCCUUAUCUUGUUGUUCCUUAUAAAGAGAAAGAACUCUUAGAGUCAGAGGCAAAAACUCAUUUUAACAAGCUGCAUUUGGCAACAAGGAUGGUGGCACAAAGAGCAUUGACAAGGCUUAAGGAGAUGUGGAGAAUCAUUCGUGGAAAUAUGUGGCGGCCGGACAAACAUCGUUUGCCAAGGAUUAUUCUUGUUUGUUGCUUACUUCACAACAUUGUCAUUGAUAUGCAAGAUGAAGUGAAGGAUGAAUUGCUCUAUUUGUAUCAUAAUAAUCAUGACUCUGGGUACCAUCAACUUAUUUGUGAAGGUGUUGAUGAGAUGGGAGUGGCACUAAGAGAAAGUUUGUCUCACUACUUGAAUGGAAGGUUGUAUCCAUGAUUUUUUUAACUUAGCCAACAAGUAAAGUUAUCCCCCAAAUAGAAAACUUGGUCACCAAGAUUAUCUCCUCGACCGUAUGUGCCUAAUAGGAUUAUAUGCUGUUUUUAGAUGUGAAGGUGAGAAAAACACAAUAGCGGGGUUGAAUUGUGUUACUAAUUUUUUUGCUAUUUAAAAGGUUUGAACAUAUUCGGUU